UAGUACACACGAAGAGCACACCAGCUGGGCGCGGUGCGCUUUCUUGAUGGGCGUCACCGUUCCUGGCCGGCGGCGUGCCCACCAAGCGCGCUAAAGUUUCUUCUACGUCAAGCAGUUAGCUGAAUCAACGUAAAUGUAAUGGCUAGUUAACGAGCAAGUACCGCCCCUUCUUCGCUAGGGUUUUCGCCGGUCACAACGCGGAAGACGGCAGCGAAGCCAUAGCGGUGCACUUCCAGCAGUGACUCAUUUGGGUGCCGCUACGUUUGGACCGAUAAGAGAAAGCCGCAAGUAACGUAAGUACAGGACCAAAGGGUCGUGUUGCCAGGCACCAAGCGGCAACAUGUCUUCCGUCAGCGACUCCGAAGAGGAAGGCGCAGGUGAGCCGUCCGUGGGCUCGGCUGCGUCGGUGGGUCGACGUGGCGGCGGCGACAACGGCAGAGGCGACGUGGCCGAAGGCUCCGACGCGGCCAGGAACAAGAGGUUGUCCGUGGAGCGCAUCUACCAGAAGAUGAGCCAGCUGGAGCACGUUCUCCUGCGCCCGGACACGUACGUCGGCUCCGUCGAGCCCGUCACGCAAAACAUGUGGGUGUACGACCCCGAGGACGAAAGCGGAGGCGGCGGCAUGAAGCACAGGAGCGUCACAUUCGUGCCUGGUCUGUACAAGAUCUUCGACGAGAUCCUGGUGAAUGCGUCCGACAAUAAGCAGAGGGACAAGAACAUGGACUGUAUCAAGAUCGAGAUAAACCCGGAGCAGAACUUCAUCUCCGUGUGGAACAAUGGCCAGGGCAUUCCGGUCGUCGAGCACCGCGUCGAGAAGAUGCACGUGCCGACGCUCAUCUUCGGCCACCUUCUCACCUCGUCCAAUUACAACGACGAAGAAAAGAAAGUCACCGGCGGCCGCAACGGCUAUGGCGCCAAGCUGUGCAACAUCUUCAGCAAGAAGUUCAUCGUCGAGACGUACUCGCGCGCCGAAAAGAAGCACUUCAAGCAGGUCUGGGAGGACAACAUGCGAAAGACCAGCGAACCCAAGAUCAAGGCGGAGGCCAAGGGCGACGACUUCACCAAGAUCACCUUCUACCCGGACCUUGCAAAGUUCAUGAUGGAGAAGCUAGACGCCGACACAGUUGCGCUGCUGUCCCGCAGGGCUUAUGAUGUGGCCGGCUGUACGCAGGGAGUCAAAGUCUACCUGAAUGGCAAACGGCUCCCGGUGAAGGGCUUCAAGGAGUAUGUGCAGCUGUUCCUAAAGGACCAGGAGGAUGAAGUGGGUAACCCUCUCACUGUAGCACACGAGCUCGUCAGCGACCGCUGGGAGGUGGCCGUGGCCCUGAGUGCCUCGGGCGAGUUCCGGCAGAUGAGUUUCGUCAACGGCAUCGCCACCACCAAGGGAGGCAGCCACGUCGACUACGUCGCCGAGCACCUCGUCAAAAAGGUCUUGGAAAGCGUCAAGAAGAAAAACAAAGCAGGCGUGAAGAUCCUAAGCAAGCAGGUCAAGGACUAUUUGUGGAUUUUCGUCAACUGUCUCAUUGAGAACCCCACAUUCGACUCCCAAACCAAAGAGAACAUGACGCUGCCUUCUAAGAAGUUUGGUUCCAAGUGCGAGCUAAGCGACAAGUUCUACACCCAGAUGCUCAAGUGCGGCGUUGUGGAGUCCGUGAUGUCCUGGGUGGCGUUCAAGGCCGAAAAACAGCUGGGUCAGAAGUGUUCGUCAAAGAAACACUCCAAGCUGAAAGGCAUCCCGAAGCUAGAGGACGCCAACGACGCUGGCACCAAGAACUCGGUCGACUGCACGCUCAUCCUGACCGAGGGAGACUCGGCCAAAAGCCUGGCCGUGUCCGGCCUGUCGGUGGUGGGCCGCGACAAGUUCGGUGUGUUUCCGCUGAAGGGAAAGAUGCUGAACGUGCGGGAGGCCACACACAAGCAGAUCUUGGAAAACGCCGAGAUCAACAAUGUUAUCAAGAUCAUGGGUCUCCAGUACAAGAAAAAAUACGAGACCGUGGACGACCUCAAGACACUUCGCUACGGCCGACUUAUGAUCAUGACAGAUCAAGACCAGGACGGCUCUCACAUCAAGGGCCUUCUCAUCAACUUCAUUCACCACAACUGGCCGUCGCUGCUCAAGCUUCCUUUCCUCGAGGAGUUCAUCACGCCCAUCGUGAAGGCGAGUCGCGGAAGCAACGAGCUGUCCUUCUACUCGCUGCCCGAGUUCGAAGAAUGGAAGACCGCCACCGACGACUGGCAGCGCUGGAAGGUCAAGUACUACAAAGGUCUCGGCACCAGCACCUCGAAGGAGGCCAAGGAGUACUUCAUGGACAUGCUGCGGCACCGCAUCACGUUCCGUUACCAAGGCAACGAAGACGAUCAGGCCAUCGAGCUGGCAUUCAGCAAGAAGAUGAUCGAGCAGCGCAAGGACUGGCUCCGGAGUGGCAUGGAGGAGCGCAAGCAGCGACGCGAGAUGGGCCUUCCCGAGCUCUACCUGUACGGCAAGGACACCAAGAACGUGACGUACCUGGAUUUCGUCAACAAGGAACUCAUUUUGUUCAGCAACAUGGACAAUGAGCGCUCAAUCCCGUCUCUCGUGGACGGGCUCAAGCCGGGACAGCGCAAGGUUCUCUUCACGUGCCUUAAACGCAACGACAAGCGCGAGAUUAAAGUCGCCCAGCUGGCGGGUUCUGUGGCCGAACACUCGGCCUAUCAUCACGGCGAGGCCUCCCUCAUGUCGACUAUCAUCAACUUGGCACAGAAUUUCGUCGGCUCCAACAAUAUCAACCUGCUACAGCCCAUCGGUCAGUUCGGCACGAGGCUGCAGGGCGGCAAGGACGCUGCCAGCCCUCGAUACAUCUUUACCAUGCUGUCGCCCUUGGCGCGUCUCAUCGUGCCCGCGUUGGACGACCCGGUAUUGGAGUACCUGUACGACGACAACCAGCGCAUCGAGCCCGAGUACUACAUUCCGGUGCUCCCCAUGGUACUCGUGAACGGGGCAGAAGGUAUCGGCACUGGUUGGAGCACGAAGAUACCGAACUACAAUCCUCGCGACGUAGUUGCCAAUCUGCGGAAGAUGAUCGCCGGUGAAGAACCAAAUGCCCUUAAGCCGUGGUUCAAGAACUUCCGCGGAUCCGUAGACCAGGUGGAAGAGCAGAGGUUUAUCGUGAGCGGCGAGGUGGCUGUGCUCAACUCCACCAGCAUAGAGAUCACGGAGCUUCCGGUGCGGACUUGGACUCAAACGUACAAGGAGACGGUGUUAGAGACCAUGCUGCACGGCACAGAGAAGGUGCCGCCGCUCAUUACCGACUACAAGGAGUACCACACGGAUACCACAGUCCGCUUCGUGGUCACCAUGGCCGAAGACAAACUGGCCAAGGCCCGCGGAGAAGGGCUGCACAAGGCGUUCAAGUUGCAGACGUCGAUUACCACGUCCUCGAUGGUAUUGUUCGAUUCUAAGGGCGUCCUGAGGACGUUUCGAACUCCUGAAGACAUCCUGCGCGACUUCUUCGCAACGCGUCUGGAGGGGUAUGUCAAGCGAAAGGCUUACCUCAUCGGUUUGCUGUCUGCCGAAGCGAAGCGUCUCGAAAAUCAGGCUCGCUUCAUUCUCGAGAAAAUCGACAGCAUCAUCAAGAUCGAGAACCGUCGCCGCAAGGAGAUGCUGGAGACUCUCCGGAAGCGGGGCUACGAUCCCGACCCGAUUGUUAUUUGGAAGAAGCAGCAGCUGCAGCAGGCAGGGCGCCGAGACAGCCAAGCCGAGUCGCAGGACGAAGCUGAAGACGCUGCCGAGGAACAGGACGAGGACAGGGACAAGGACGGCGGAAGCGUGCACUACAACUACCUUCUGGGCAUGCCGCUUUGGAGUCUGACUCAGGAGAGGAAGGACGACCUGCUCAAGAAGCGAGACGAGAAGCGAGAGGAACUCCAAGUGCUGCGGCGCAAGUCUCCCGAGAACCUCUGGGAGGAAGACCUGGAUGCCUUCUCGGCCAAGCUGGACGAGGUGGAGCAGGCGCAACGCGACGAAGAGAACUCGACCGGCGUCAAGACAACCAAAGGGUCUAAGGCUGGGCGCUCCAAGGCUGCGGCUCCCAAGAAGACCGAAAAUGAGACGAAGCCCUCGCUGUUGGCGGAGCGCGUUGUGCCGAAGGUCGAGUGGGAAGCGAAGACCAAGGUUGGCGGAGCGCGCCGUGGGCCCAAGAAGGCGGCCAACGACGCCGCUGCCGAUGAUCACGGUGACGACGUGGAGGGCAACGCUGCAGCGGCGACCGGACCCUCCAGUCCCGGGGACACCGAACAUACGGCGGCCUCCGCAACCGCCAAGGCGCCACAGCGCAAACGCGGAGGCGCCACUAAGGACAAGCCUUCCAAGACCAAGGUCAAGAAGAGGAAGAACUCUUGGUCUGGCUCUGAUUCCUCGGAGAACGAGGAGUCACUUAUGAGCCUGGGCUCGGACGAUGACCGCAAACCUGUAGCGGGCCCUUCGGUAAGCACCGCGAGGUGGUCACAGUUAUAACUUUUAAGUGACCGCUGCCGACGUUUAGAACAGCGUGAACGAGU